AUGGGUUUGGCCAUCGACAUUCCCGAUGUUAACGGCAAUACCGUAGGGGUCGAGACAUUUGACCUUUCGACAAGAAUAUCCGACUUUUCAGUCACCUCUGCCUUGACCAAAAACUCGUACAUGAUCGCAAACGAGAAUUCGGAGGCGGAAAUAAAUAAGGCCUGGAACAAAUUGAAAAUGAGUGCUCUAGCCGCACAACACCAUGUGAAUUCUGCUGCUGAAUAUCAUAAGGAUAAAUUGGGCGAAAUCAAGGUAAAUCUAGCAAAAUUGGAUCGUCUCUGUAUCAUCUCGAAGUCGAUUUCGCCAUUAGAAAGAGUGUUUCAAUCACCAGAGUCUGUGGAAGAAUUUGAAGGCGUUAUUCUGUGCGAUUUUUCGGACGAAUUGAACAAGAUAUGCCUCAGGCGAGGUCAGCCUGUAAAGGUGCUGCAAACAGGCCAGUCGACACUGAGCGCGAGUACUGCGGCUAAGGAUGAACCUCCUCCCUUGAAAUCUUAUUGGAUUAUUCAGAGUACAACCCAAGCAAACCCAAUAAAGAUCCCCUUUGUUUAUGUGGGGCUAGGCAAGGCCGACCCAGAUAGCCUUAACCGUGCUCUCUGCAUCACUGAAGAAUUUCUUGAUUCUUGGAGCGAUAAAAUUGACAAGUGGCUGGCCACUGGGGUUUUGCACUUCACCUCACUUCUUGACGAAAUGGAACGAAAUAAAAACCUGUGUAUCGAAGACUCUGAUAAGGCAUUGCGCCUUCUGGCUGAAUUGGAGUUGUCGUUCCCUCAAAAAGAAGGAGCUAUAACGAAUAACCAAUUGCGGGCUAAAAUUGCCCUUAUAAGGGCGAAAUUACGAAAUCAGGAGAAAUGUACUACUCUAUUCUCAUUUCAGUACAAUGAUUAA